CCAUUAGUUGGCAUUCCCGAAACGAAACGAACAUGUUUUUCGAAAACUUCAAAAUAUACCUUGAAAGCGUUAUGUUUGACUGGCAGUUUUAUUAAUACUGUUUAUAAACUUGCUAUGUUUACUUUGAUCUUCUUUUAACAUUGACAGGUAGCUGUUCUCAUGUUUUGACCAGUAGAGUAAACUUAGACAUAUUCGGACAAACAUAUUUGGAUAUCUGCUACAGCUGAUUAACAGGUCGGAGGUGAAAGCAAACACCAAAUUGUAAUCAGAAAGCGCAGCAUGUUACACUAGUGUUUGUCCUUUUUGUUCGGGUAAAGGAUGAUUUUUGAUGAAUAGAACACCUGACAUGCAGUAGGCAGUGAUCAACAUUCUUGUACAAGUUCACAGAGAAAGAAGUGAUCUGGAAUAUAAUUUCCAACAAAGAAAUGAGUGAGAAAACUGCACAGAAAACACCAGGCCCUAAAGGGGUUGGGACACUAACAGUUGAACAAAUACAGGAAGACAGAAUAACACAGUUGGCUGCAGAACUCUGGUCCCCGGCUGCAUUAAAGAGAAAUGUGCAAUUUAAACCAGAGGUAGUUGAAGAGAUAUAUAACAAAGAGCUUGUGUCCACCAACUUUGCAACAAAACGUGUUAUGAUGCUAGAAUUCAGUCAGUAUUUAGAGAAUUACCUUUGGCCAAACUUUGAUCCCGAUAAGUCUAGCCAAAGUCAUGUGUUGUCUAUAAUCUUAAUUAUCAAUGAAAAGUUUAGAGAGAGAGUACCACCAUGGAGUUGUUUCAAGAAGAAAUCAGAGCAUUUUGCAGCAUUUUUCCACCAUAUACUGGAAAUGACACUGUCAGAUGUUAGGUCACUAAAGGAACAGUCAUACCUCAUCAUAUUCCUCAUACAUUGCUUCAGAAGUCUUGAGAUGGACCUGAUACGAGAACAAGUACAGAGACUUGUGUCACUUCCUAUCUGGACAUGCCUUAUACCUGGUAGAAGAGAAGAACUGUUUAAGGCCAAUCCAAAGUACAGGAAGUUUUACAACUUCAUCAAGAGAAGUGACAGCAAGUUAUCCACAGAACAGAAGAAGAAGGUGGAAUUUGAGAGAACUUUCUUAAACAGUCUGAUACACAAAUAUAUCACUGUGCUGAACACUGUACCUGAGAAAGGCAAAGUUGGUGAGGAGAAGAUAAUGUAUUGUGAAAGAUUUGUUGAGUUCCUAAUUGACAUUGAGGCACAGUUACCAACUCGACGAUUCUUCAAUGCUCUCAUGGAUGACAGCCAUGUUCUCAGUAUCUCACUGCUGUCAAAUCUUACAAAUCGGGAGGAUGGAAAACUGUUUUCUGAGUUACUGGAUAUGCUAAAAGUAUAUGCAGAAUUUGAGAUAGAUGAGGGCACAGGAGAGGCCCUUAACUUACACAACAGAAUAGAUUUGCAUUACAAUAGGGUCCUUGCUCUUCAGAAAGUUGCCUUUAAACAUUUCCCAGACUUACAUCAGUUUGCUAUAGCCAAUGUGGCGAGUGUAGACAGCAGGAAGUCCUUGUUGAAGUACUUUAAUCCUCUCAGUACGAGUGACAUACACAGGAUAUUGGGUCAUCUCAACAUGUUGCCUAUGUUAGAAGAAGGCCAGGACUCGACACAAGACAGAGAGUUCCUUCUAGAACUCUUGGUAAGCCACCAUGAGAGAAAGAAAUCACAGCUGGAACAGAUUAAUGAGAUGCCCCUGUACCCUACAGAAGAUAUCAUCUGGGAUGAAAAUAUAGUGCCAACAGAGUACUAUAAUGGUGAAGGGACACUUGCGUUGCCUAAGAUCAACCUGCAGUUCCUGACAUUACACGACUACUUGCUGAGAAACUUCAAUCUAUUCAGACUAGAAUCUACAUAUGAGAUUCGACAGGACAUUGAAGAUGCCAUAACUCACAUGAAACCAUGGAAGGCAGAGGAUGGGUCCACUUAUUUUGGGGGAUGGGCAAGAAUGGCACAACCAAUUGCAGGAUUUAAUGUGGUAGAGGUUGCAAAGCCCCGUGUAGGAGAGAGUCACCCUGCCCAGGUUAGGGCUGACAUUACAGUGACCCUCAGUGUUGUACAGAGCAUCAAAAAUGAAUGGGAAGGGUUGCGGAAACAUGAUGUAGCAUUUUUAAUAUCGAUACGUCCUCCUCAUGAUAUUGGUUUCAAAUAUGACAUAAAGUCACCCUUCAUACCCCAGGUGGGCCUGAUGUAUGUCCGAGGCUGUGAAAUAGAGGGGAUGCUUGAUGCAGAGGGAAAGGUCAUUGAAGAAGGUCCAGAACCAAAACCAGAAUUAAGUGGUGAUACAAGAACAUUCCGUGUUUGGUUGGAUCCUAACCAGUAUCAGCAUGACAUGGUAGCAACAGAAGAUGGUGCCGAGGAUGUCUACGAAUCUUUCAACAUUAUCAUGAGAAGAAAACCUAAAGAGAACAAUUUCAAGGCAGUGCUGGAGACAAUCCGUGAUCUGAUGAAUACAGACUGUGUUGUACCAGACUGGCUACAUGAUUUAAUUCUAGGAUAUGGUUCUCCUGAUGCAGCUCACUACAAACAAAUGGAGAAUAGGAUUCCCAGCUUAGACUGGAAUGAUACAUUUUUGUCAAUAGAACAUCUGUUUGCUAGUUUCCCUGGUUAUGAGAUAGAACUAGCAUCAGAAAAUGUGCAGGCACAAUCUCCAUUUAGAUUAUCAUUUGUUGAGGAGGAGACAGAGAGCAACAAGAGAAAGGAAGGAGAGGACGCCCCCACCCCAGUACAGAAAAUCAUUGUUCAACCUCAUGUCAUACAAAACAGGGGACCCUACUCCUACAGUCAGCCUAAAAAGAACAGUAUAAGAUUCACGCCUACCCAGAUUGAAGCCAUUAGGUCCGGUAUGCAGCCUGGUUUGACCAUGGUGGUAGGGCCACCUGGUACAGGUAAAACUGAUGUUGCUGUACAGAUCAUAUCUAACAUCUACCAUAACUUCCCGGACCAGAGAACACUCAUUGUCACACACUCUAAUCAGGCUCUCAAUCAAUUGUUUGAGAAGAUUAUGGCUCUUGAUAUUGCUGAGCGCCAUUUGUUACGUCUGGGUCACGGUGAGGAGGCCCUGGAGACAGAAAAGGAUUUCAGCCGUUACGGACGUGUUAACUACGUACUGGCUCAGAGACUUGAACUUCUUCAAGAGGUUGCUAGGUUACAGGAGAGUUUGAAGGUACCGGGUGAUGUGUCAUACACAUGUGAGACUGCAGGCUACUUCUAUAUCUAUCAGGUGCUGGCAAGAUGGGAAGAAUUUCAGAGUAAAAUUAGGAAACUCAAGGAAAAGACAACUGAAAAGAUUAAAGAGUUGUUUCCCUUCACUGAAUUCUUCAAGAAUGCUCCUCAACCUCUGUUUAAAGGCAGAAAUUACGCUGAAGAUAUGGAUAUAGCUGAAGGUUGCUUUCGACACAUCAAGAAAAUGUUCACACAAUUAGAGGAAUAUAGAGCUUUUGAGUUACUGCGUAGUGGAUCUGACAGAGCGGACUACUUGUUGAUCAAGGAGGCAAAGAUAAUUGCUAUGACAUGUACACAUGCUGCACUGAAAAGACGAGAUCUGGUCACGGUCGGCUUUAAGUUUGACAACAUAAUGAUGGAAGAAGCUGCUCAGAUCUUGGAGAUUGAGACUUUCAUACCUUUACUUCUACAGAAUCCUGAGUUUAAUAACAAUCGUUUAAAGCGUUGGAUAAUGAUAGGAGAUCAUCACCAACUUCCACCAGUCAUCAAGAACAUGGCAUUCCAGAAAUUCUCAAAUAUGGAACAAUCUCUCUUCACCAGACUAGUCCGCCUAGGAGUGCCAACUGUAGAUUUAGAUGCUCAGGGCAGAGCAAGAUCAAGUAUUGCUGGCCUUUACAACUGGAGAUAUAAGAAGCUAGGAAAUCUUCCUCAUGCUAUUACUAACCCGGAGUAUCGUCUGGCCAAUGCUGCAUUCGCCUAUGACUAUCAACUCAUCAAUGUGGAAAACUUCAAUGGUGUUGGGGAAUCAGAACCCAACCCAUAUUUCUAUCAGAAUCUUGGAGAAGCAGAGUAUGUGGUAGCAACAUUUAUGUACAUGAGGUUGAUGGGAUAUCCUGCUGAGAAAAUCUCUAUACUUACAACAUACAAUGGGCAGAAACAUCUCAUCAGGGACGUUAUCAACCAGAGAUGCUCGAAAAACCCGUUCAUUGGCAGACCAUACACUGUGACCACAGUAGACAGGUAUCAGGGACAACAGAAUGACUAUAUCUUGCUAUCCCUGGUCAGGACAAGGACUGUAGGACAUCUCAGAGAUGUGAGGAGAUUGGUAGUGGCCAUGUCGAGAGCCAGGCUUGGACUGUAUGUGUUUGCAAGGGUUUCCCUAUUCAGUAACUGUUUUGAACUCACUCCAGCUUUUAACAGGUUAUGCUCAAGACCAACAGAGUUACAUAUAGAUCCUCAGGAAAAUUUCCCAACACCUAGAAAGAUUGACGAGCCACCUCUACAUCCACCAAUGGUUAUCAGUGAUAUGCCACACAUGGCUCAGUUUGUAUUUGAUCUCUACAACCAGAAGAUUGAUUCACUAAUGAGGAUGAGAAAUCUACCUUCAGCAGAGAGGUUAUCGGAACCACCAAGGGCAAGGAAAGAAAAAAGCUGAAAUCUUCUCAGACAUCAAAACUGGAUGUGAAAACAACAGAUUGACUCUUCUCAGUGCAGGAAUAAACUGGAUGUGCUUACAAUACACACACGCACACAAACUAUUAUCUGAUGAACUGGAUUCCUUUACUAUAGACAAGAUUUUUUAAGUGAUGACAGUAAAUAUUACAGUCACAGAAAGAUAGUGCUAAAUAUGAACUGUGAGACAGUCGUAUAUAGGUUGCAGCAUCUUCGAAUAAAUUCAUUUCAUUUUUACCUGUACUAUUCAAAGAAUAGGUAGAGCUAUUGGACUCACCCAUGCAUCAGCGUCAGCGUCCCACUUUGGUUGAGUUUUUGUAUGUAAGCUGGUAUCUCAGUAAUCACUUCUGGGAAUGGAUUGAAACUUCACACACUUAUUCACUGUGAUAAACUGACUUACAUUGCACAGGUUCCAUAACUCUAUUUUGCUUUUUUACAACAUUUUGGCCUUUUUUUGGACUUAGGAAUUUUUGGUUAAGGAUUUAUAUGUAAGCUGGUAUCUCAGUACCCACCAAUGGGAAUGGGUUGAAACUUCACACACUUGUUCACUGUGAUGAUCUGACAUGCAUUGCACAGGUUUCAUAACUCUACUUUGCAUUUUUACAAAAUUAUGCCCCUUUUUCAACUUAGCAGUUUUUGGUUAAGUUUUUGUAUGUAAGCUGGUAUCUCAGUACCCACUGUUUUGUGUCCUUAUUGACGAACAGAGAACCAAACACGUAAAGUACUACUGAUCUCUUUUAUUUCUGUAGACUUGUUAAUCAUGUAAGAUGGUAAAAAGCUUAAAAUAUGAACAAACCUCCAUUUCAUGCAGAUCUAAUAACUUCUAUAUUUUAUGCCAUAAAAUUAAACAUACAUCUCAAAAUAUGCCAAAGAAAUACUAAAAUUGCCAUACAGUUGCUUUAAGUUUAGAUAAUGAAAGGUAAUGAGUUACGAAAAACUGGGUACGAGCUGCCCUGAGAACGAAUCGUAAAAGUUAAACUGAAACAACAGGCUUGUAUGUAAGGAUUAAACCAACCAAAUAUAAUGUACAUUAUCUAUAUCAUGAAAGACACAAAAAAUUGACUAGAACUUACACCAUGGGGCUUAUAAAGACUAGACUUUCUUAAUUUGUUUGAGUAUUUGCAAAUGGCGACCUUUUAUCGCGGUAUUGCGAACUUUCUCCUUAAAGAAGAGUACUCAAAGCUCAUUUCUUUUAAAUGAACCGAAAGCACGAACAGACACAAGAAGACUUUCAUUAAUGGCUGUACGCACUAACAGCACACCCACUAUUGGGAAUGGAUGGAAACUUCACACACUUGUUCACUGUGAUCUGAUAUGCAUUGCACAGGUUCUAUAACUCUGUUUUGCUUUUUUUACAAAAUUAUGCCCCUUUUUCGACUUAGAAAUUUUUGGUUAAGUUUUUGCAUGUAAUGGAAAUGGAUUGAAACUUCACACAGUUGUCCAUUGUCACGAGCUGAUAUGCAUUGUGCAGGUUCCAUAACCCUGUUUUGCAAUUUUACAAAAUUAUGCCCCUUUUUGGACUUUAAUAUUCAUUCAGUUGACAAGGCUGUUGAAUAGUCGAGCGUUGCUGUCCUCCAACAGCUCUCGUUUUGUACAUAAAGUUCUGAAUAAUAAAGAGAACUAAAUUUA